AUGGGACAGGCUGCGACUUUACCCUGCAGAAGCGGCGGCACCUACGUCACAGAACUUUAUGAAUGGUUUAGGAAGUUCUUAAACGAUUGUCCGAGCGGCCUGAUCACUCUGCACGAGUUCAGACGCCACUUCUGUGAUGGAACUGUGGGAAUUGAGUCUGCAGAAUACGCUGAGCAGAUCUUCCGUACACUAGACAACAACGAGGAUGGAUUCGUUGACUUCCGAGAAUACGUGAUGGCCAUUAGCAUGCUGUUAGAAGGUUCAUCAGUGGAGAAGCUUCGCUGGUCGUUUAAACUUUAUGACAAGGACAAGGAUGGAGCCAUAACACGAUCAGAGAUGCUUGACAUCAUGCAGGCUGUGUAUAAGAUGAGUGUUGCAGCCUCUCUAACCGAACCUAAUCCACUGACUGCUGAGGAAUGCACCAACAGGAUAUUCACACAACUAGACAAAGACAACAAUGCCAUCAUCAGUCUGGAGGAGUUCAUUGAGGGGGCACUGGAUGAUGAGUGGAUAAGAGAGAUGUUGGCGUGUGACCCCAACACUGUAAAGUUAGAGCGACCCCUUAAGGGUUCCUUCAAAAUCUAACGUUUUGGGUUCAUCUGAGCUUACAGAAUGAAGGAUGUCCCAUCCGCUGGAGCAGUAGACUAGUAUUUCUGGCAGUUCCCCUACACCACACAUAUAAAGGGUUCCUGUUCUGCUCUAUAUUUAACAUUUUAGAUCAAUAAACA